AUGACUUUUCGUUAUAUGCUCAAAGACUUUUCAGCAAUAAUGCCACGAAAUAAUUCAUCGGCAUUACUUUACACAUGUACGACGACACGCAUAAAACCUUCUUUCCUCUCAAUAAAUCCCUCUUCGCUUUUAUUUACGCACAACCAGCAGUCUUCAUACCUUGGUAGCUCGCAUUCAAUCAGAGGAGUGAGUGCAUUCGCGAAAUUUGUAGAGACAUUUAAAACACAACUAAAAAAGAACAAAGAAUUACAAGAGGAUGUGAAAUUGUUACAAGAUCAAGCUGGUUCGUUGAGUGAAAGUGAGACUCUGAAAAGAGCGAAACAAGUUUAUGAAAAAGCAAAGGAAGGCGCCGGCGCUACAACUAAUAUUGGUUCCGAGGCAAUAAAACAAUCUGUUUCUGAAAUCAAAAAAUCAGCGGAAAAGAUUGGAACCACAGUUUCAGAAACAUUAAAAGAAGUCGGUGAAACUCCAUUCGUAAAGCAGAGUACAGAAAAGAUUUCUGAUUUUGCAGAGAAAGUUUCUAGCACCACCGAACCGAUAAGACAAACCAAAGUAUAUAGUACAAUGCGUGAUACUUUAAAAGAAACUGUUCCAGAUGACUCAUCGCGCUAUGGUGGGUUUAUGGAUAAAGAAACACGACGGAAAGCACGAGAAGAAGCAUUCUCUGGCUUUGCGAAUGGUGGAAAAAAUCGUAGAGUUAGAGAGGACCCAGAGGCAGGAUCCUCCGUAAUUCUGCAUAAAGAUUCAGCUUGGAAAGAAAGUUGGAAUAAGUUCAAAGAAACGAAUCCUCUGAUGCAAGGCAUUUUCAGCUUAAAACGUAAUUAUGAGGAUAGCGAUAAUAUUGUUAUUUCAUAUACACGUGCCAUUACAAGUCGAUUAUCGGAUACAUUUAGUUCCUUCUUCGAGGAAACUGAAGUAGCGCAAACAAUUUCGCUAAUAAAGAUGGUUGAUCCACAGUUUAAUCUCGAAACAUUUAUGAAAGAGGCGCGUACAUACAUAAUUCCUGAAGUCAUGGAAGCUUAUCUCAAUGGGGAUGUUGAGACAUUACGAAUAUGGUGCUCCGAAGCUGCAUUUAAUGUCAUGACGCAAGGAUUUCAAGCUCAGCAACAACAAGGAUUAAUUAGUGACAGUAAAAUACUUGAUUUAAGAAACCUAGACUUGUAUGGGGCUAAAGUUUUAGACAAUGAUAUACCGGUGCUCCUGCUCCAAUAUAAUACACAAGAAAUAAUAGUAUUUCGUGAUCGAAUAACAAAAGAGAUCGUAUACGGAAAAGAGGACGCUGUCGAGCAAGCUUCAUAUAUAUGUGCACUCACAAUACAGGAGGAUCGAGUAACAGACCCGAUUACUAAUGGAUGGCGAGUUAUGGACAUGGCAAAGUCUAGUUCACAAAAGAUAUGGUAA